UCCUGAACAAUGAAUUCCUGUUGAUCAGGACAAAGCAAAUCGAAAAGGCACAUCACACUUGACUGCGCUAGCCCUUGCUUGCUUGCAGAAGCUUCAAGCAGGUGAAGGAAAAGUGCUAGGCCAUUACAAAGGCGAAGAAUGACUCAAGAGAGGUAGUUGGCUGACAUUAAUUGAGUUGUGAGGAAUACUUACAGCGCUUGCUCGAGCGGUGUUUGCCAAAUCUAUGAGGAUUCAGAGAAGAGGAGUAAGGGUUGGGCAUCUAUGCAGCCCAGAGUUUGAUCAGGAAUGGUAAGGAUUGCUUCCCAGUGACUCUAAGUAUGGUCUGGAUAGCUGUGAGCAGUGGCCCAACAGCGGAUGGCAAAUAGACAGCGUUGUUUCGCAAUUAAGCAUUGCUCCCAUUGACCAUACUGUCAAAGAAGUCUCUGGGCCCCAAUCAGUGGCUGCUCCAAUACAUGGACCGCACAGACACUGGAAAGCAGCGCAGGAGGACGAUGGGCACGCUGAACAUGGACCCUUUUGCAAACGAGGACAGCAAGGCGCGAUAUGAAGCAUACUCAAAGCUGCAGGCCAGUGCUGUGGCGUUUGGGGAGGAACUUCCAAUCCCUGAGAUCGUGGCCAUUGGGGGGCAGUCUGACGGCAAGAGCUCCUUGCUGGAGGCGCUCUUGGGGUUCCGCUUCAAUGUGCGAGAGGUUGAGAUGGGCACGCGGCGGCCCCUGAUGGUCCAGAUGACCCACGACCCCACAGCACUGGAACCGCGGUGUGCACUGCAGGACGAGGACAGCGACGAGUACGGCCCGGAGAUCUCUCCUGCCUCCGCUGUGGCGGAAGCAAUCCGAGCACGCACGGAAGAGCACCUCAAGAAGGUGAAGUGCGCGGUGAGCGCCAAGCCCAUUGUGCUCAAGGCCCAGUACGCGUACUGCCCCAACCUCACCAUCAUCGACACCCCCGGCUUUGUUCUCCAGGCCAAGAAAGGGGAGCCGGAAAACACGCCGGAGGCCAUUCAGGCGAUGGUCAAGGAACUGGCGGGCAAGCCCAACCGCCUCAUCCUUUUCCUCCAGCAAAGCAGCGUGGAGUGGUGCAGCAGCCUGUGGCUCAAGGUGGCGCAGGAGGUGGACCCCGGCCUCAAGCGCACCGUCAUCGUCGCCUCCAAGUUUGACAACCGCCUCAAGGAGUUUGCCGAACGCUGGGAGGUGGACCGCUAUCUGAGCGCGUCUGGCUUCCUGGGCGAGACGGCCCGGCCCUUCUUCGUGGCGCUGCCCAAAGGCGAGCGGGGCACGCAUGCUCUAGCCACAGAAACAGCAGAGGACUUCCGACACAAGAUUGCGGCAACCGACAAACAGAUUCUGAAGCAGCUUCGAGAGGGCAUCGCUGGCGGCUUCGACGAGGACAAGUAUGGCGCACGUGUUGGCUUCUGCAACCUACGGCACUUUCUCGAGCUCGAGCUGCAAAAGAGGUACCGCGAUGCGGCCCCUGCCACUCUAGCCCUCUUGGAGCGGCGCUGCUCUCAGCUAUCCACCGAGGUGUCCCGUGCUUCCGCGCGCCUCGCCUCGGCUGCUGACGUGGCAGCGCUGCGGCGAGCCGCUAUGAUUCAUGCCGCUGAGGUGGCGCGGCACGUGACCAGCCUGCUGGACGGGUCCGGGGUGGCGUGUGGGCCGGACCCGGGGGAGUGGGGCAGGACUACCGACGAGGAAAGGCGCGCCACCGCCAGCGCGGGCGUGCCGGCGUGGCCCGGAGUGACAGCGGAGGUGAAGCCGGGCAACUCGAGCCUGCGGCUGUACGGCGGCGCCGCCUUCGAGCGGGUGCUGGACGAGUUCCGAGCGGCCGCGUGCAGCCUCGACUGCCCCGCCGUGUCGCGGGAGAAGGUGGCCAACCUGCUGCUGUGCAAAGCGGGCGGCUUCGGCGGCAGCGGUGCGGCCAUAGCCGCGGCGGGCGCGGAGCUGGGGCGGUCGGCGGCGCGCACGUUCUUGGCGCCGCUCCUGGAGACGGCCUGCGACCGCCUCGCGCACGUCAUCCGCGCGCUCUUCGACCUCGCGGCCGACAUGGUCAAGCACAGCGCGGAGGAGGCCGGCGCGUGCCCUGUGAGCCUGGCCCCCUACUCCGCGUUCCACGCCGCGCUCAAGGCCGCGUUCGACGGCUUCCUGGACGCCAUCCGCGCCGAGUGCGCCGCCAUGGCGUGCCACCACCUGGAGGCCGCCACCAGCCCCUUCGGCGUGCACGUCACCGCGCCAGGGGGGGCCGCGGCCUACUCCGGGGAGGGGGGGGGCGCGUUCCGGGAGAAGCUGCUGGGGGGAGACUCGGUGCUGUCGGACAAGUCGUCGGGGCGGCGGUCCGUGGAGGAGACCAGCGACGAUGAGAACAUGCCGCCGCCAGGGGCAGGCGUGCGGUCGACCCCUCCCCUCUCGCACCUGACGCGCCUGCGGACGGCGCACUCUCCCAAGGGCCACUCAGGCAGCGGGCGAGAGCCGUUUCGCGAGAGCCAGGUCACCGUACCCGAGACGCCCUCCCCUGAGCAGGCGGCCCACGACGCGGCCGCCCUGAACAAAAAGCGCGAGUACGCCAUUGCGAGCGGGCGGCUCAGCCUCGCGGCGGGCGGCCCCGGCGGGCUCUCCGACUCGCCCGCGCACAAGAAGCACGCCAACGCGGGGAACGCGGCGCGCGCGGCCAGAAAGUAUCCCAAGGGCGUGUACGGCGACGUGUGGGCGGCCGCAAGCGAGCACUUCGGCCGCAUCCGCGAGGUGGUGGUGCACCAAAUGGUACCCGCCACGCUCAACGCCGGCUUCCUCACGCCCUGCCGCGAGCGGCUGGGCCUGUCGUUGGCGGCGGAGCUGUUCGCUUGCACGGACGGCGUGUUCAUGGACAUGUUCGUGGCGCCGGGCGCGGUGGAGGCCAUGCGCGCGCACAGGGACGCCCUCCAGAAGAAGGCCGCCAUGCUCGCGCAGUGCAAGGACGACUUCCGCACCCUCGCACGCCAGCUCUAAGUCGGCACGGAGCGGCGGUCAGGGACUGAAAUAGGAGUGAUUGUUAGACGGCUGGUAAAGGGGGCUCGGUAAUGUAUCCUGGUCGUUUCCAACGACAAACCGGCCCAACUGUAGACCACCCACUGCAUAGCGAGGAUCAGAGAGCGGAGUCGUCGAGUGGAAGGAAUGUAUUAGCGCGAGUCUCCCGGACAGCACCGCUGCUGAGGAGCUUGACCUCCGAGCCCUCGCUUGAUGCCUUCCGGCAGAGCAAAGACGCGGAAAUUUCAAGGCAGGCGUCCAGAUUAGAGCCGACCGUGUAGCUGUAGACUAAUAUAGCGACUGCUCUUCCACCCUUCGGCAAUGUCAGUAGAUUGCCUUUACACGUAGAGUCUCCCUAUUGAAUGUCAGCACGCCAUAGACAUGUCAAUAAAGUCAUGCAUCU